AUGAAGAUGCACAACGAUGAAGUAAAAAUAAAGCACGGUAAAAUUAGUUGUCCAUCAACCGAGUUAAAUUUGGGUAUCACUUUGAAAGGAGGUCAAAGUUUCAGGUGGUUUUCUUACAAUAAUGGAUUCAGAGGUGUGUUCAACGGAUGUGUUUGGACCCUUACACAAAACGAUACGCAUCUGUCCUAUAUUGUACAAGGUUUGCUAGCAGAUUCUAAAAAUUAUGAUAAUAUUUUAUCUGAGUACUUCAGAUUGGAUGUAUCCUUGGAAGACCUCUGCAAAAAAUGGUCUGCAGCAGAUCAUUACUUUGAAAAAUCCUUAAACAAUACAAAAGGUGUUAGGAUAUUAAAUCAGGAUAUUGUUGAGAAUUUGUUCUCUUUCAUAUGCAGUUCUAAUAACAACAUACAGAGGAUAUCAAGAAUGGUAAAAAAAUUAUGCACAUUAUUUGGAGAAAAAAUUUGUACAAUUGAGGAUAAGGAUUACUAUGAUUUCCCAACCAUUGAAGCAUUAACAGGGAAAAAUGUAGAAAGUACACUAAAAGAGGAAAAAUUUGGAUAUCGCGCAGGAUACAUAGCAAAGGCGGCAAAAAAUUUAAUAGAACUUGGUGGAAGAGAGUGGCUCUUAAAUUUACACAAAAAGAACAAUAUAUCAUAUGCUAAAGCUAGAGAGCAAUUAAUUACUCUUCCUGGGAUUGGCCCAAAAGUUGCAGAUUGUAUAUGCUUAAUGUCAUUAGGAUAUUUAGAAGCUAUUCCUGUUGAUACUCAUAUUUUCCAAAUUGCUAGGAAAAAUUAUUUACCUCAUUUAGGACAGCAUAAAGCAGUCACCCCAAAAAUUCAUCAAGAAGUUAGUAAUCAUUUACGCGAAUUAUGGGGUCCCUUGGCUGGAUGGGCUCAAGCUGUGGUUUUCUGUGCAAAACUUAAUGAUACUGCUGGUACUGCCACAUCAAGACAGAAACGUAAAAAACAGUACAAAUAAAAAAUCCAAAAAUCAAAUCUAUAUAUUUGUUUACCAGCAUCUGCUAAUGCAAAGUAAAACUCGUCCAAAAUCAUAUGAUCUGUCAAAAAAUAUGAUUUAAUCUUUUUCACUCUCAU